AUGUCGAGUCAACAUGCGUCCGCUGGACAUGCGCUUGAUAGCAUUUCCAAGCCCACCGCGGACCAGAAUUCCGUCAUGGGAGCCGAGACCAUCAUCAAGCCCAAUGUCCAGGCUCAACAUGCCGCCACGGAGGAAAAGACCAUGUCUCUUGGCCAGGCACUCAAGCUAUAUCCGAAGGCCAUCGGAUGGUCAGUGCUACUCUCCUCGACCCUGAUCAUGGAAGGUUACGAUCUCGCGCUGCUCGGUUCGCUCUAUGCCUCUCCGCAGUUCAACAUGAAGUAUGGAGUCUGGAACGACUCGACCGGGGAGUACGCAGUGCCGGCCCCGUGGCAGUCCGCGCUUUCCAACGGCGCCCGCGCCGGCGAAGUCAUUGGUCUCCUCGUCAAUGGCAUUGCAUCUGACCGUUUUGGCUACCGCAAAACCAUGAUUGCUUCUUUGAUGGCCAUGAUUGCAUGCGUCUUCACAAUAUUCUUCGCACCCAACAUCCAAAUCCUCGUCCUCGGAGAGGUAGCGCUGCUACGACUGACGUCGAAAAACAAUCCGGAUUUUGACCCGGACGAGACCAUUGCCAUGAUAGAGCAUACCAAUGAACUGGAGAAAUCUCUCAAGGCGGGAACGACUUACUGGGAUUGCUUGAAAGGAGUCGACCUUCGGCGGACUGAGAUCGUCUGCAUUCUUUGGGUCGGCCAGACACUUACAGGACAAAAUUUGAUGGGAUAUUUCUCCUAUUUCAUGUCACAAGCCGGAAUGGAUACAAUCCACUCGUUCGAUUUGAGUCUCGCCCAGAUGGCACUGGGCCUGAUCGGGACAGCAGGCUCUUGGUACCUAAUGUCGAGGGUUGGUCGCAGGACCAUCCAUCUCUGUGGUGUCGCCAUGCUCUUCUCUAUUCUACUCAUCGUCGGCUGCAUUUCCUUCGCCGGCACCAACGCAUCUCUCUGGGCUACUGGCGCCAUGCUCAUCACCUUCACCUUCUUCUACGACUUUACGGUCGGGCCCGUUACCUACUCUCUCAUCUCUGAGCUGUCUUCGACCCGCCUGAAAGCCAAGACCAUCGUGUUGGCCCGCUCGCUCUACAACAUCAGCAACAUAGUCGUCAAUGUACUGACCAACUACCAGCUUAGCAAGACAUCGUGGAACUGGGGCGCCCGGACGGCCUUUUUCUGGGCAGGUACUUGCGGUUGCGUUCUUGUGUGGGUAUACUUUCGCCUCCCUGAGCCUCGAGGCAGGACUUAUGGGGAACUGGACUUACUUUUCGAACACCGUGUGCCAGCUCGCAAGUUCAAGAGCACCACCGUUGAUCCAUAUGGUCAGGGAGCGUCAUCUGUGAUCAAGGCAAAUUUUGAGGACAAAGAGUGA